UAUCGAUAUUUAAAAUCGAUAUUUUUUCGGCACGAUAUUAUCGAUUUUUUUUACAAAAACGAUAAUUAUCGAUGAUUUUUCGCGAUUUUUGUGCGAUUUUUUUUAAACCGUGUUAGCAUUCUAUGUCAAUUGCUUGUGCCGCGUUUUUUGUUGAUCUAGGCUGCUGGCCAUAAGAAAUAAAAUUAUAAUUUAAAAACCAGAACGAACAUACUCCCGUACAACCAAAAUACGAUACGAACUACCAACAGCCGAACAGCCCAUCGCCCAUCCGCGGAUCCGCCCACCCCUAAAGUCAGAAUUACCAAUCGCCGUCAACCAUGCUAUUGUAUUUCCUCUAUGAUCAAUAACCAACACCUACUAGGGUUUAGGUGGCAAAACUGUUUUGACAUAUAACAAUAACAAAACACAUAAAAGUAAACAAACACUAAACUAAAUGACUGAACACGAAGCACACAUUUCAAGCGGAAUAAGAUAACUCCACGCGGUUCUCACUUAUCAUAACGUGUUUUAAUAUACGGAGUAAGAUGUCCAGGGUUUCUGUCCAAAAGAAAACCCGCAAAAAUAAACGGCGGCUUGGUGUACCUGUAAAAAGAAUCAGAGGAAAGUACUACAAAACUAGAGGCUCUAUUGGUACGAAUUACUGGUUAAAAUCUGAUUUUAUUAUUUAUCCUCCCAUACAUAUAGGAAGCUUAAAACACAGAAGAGUUGCGGAAAAGCUUGCGGUUUUCAUAGCAUCGGAGGGUCACUCGCUUCACGAAGUGAAUAAAUGGGGAUUUGUUAACCUCUUACGAGAAGUCAUUGACCCAGCGUACCUACCUCCAAGUUCUAAAUCGCUUACUAGAAUGAUCCUCAAUCUUGGCUUGAAGGCUCGGAUAUUAGUAGGAACAGUUUUAAGGAAUAAGGAAGUGGUCGUAACUGCAGAUAUAGCCACAGUAACCACCACAACAAUGGGCUACCUUGUGAUGACAGCACAUUAUAUUGCUGAAUCAACGAUUGACUCUGUCACCCUCGCAGCACGGCAAUUGAACUGCAGACACACAGCUGAUGAGAUUUACAGCCAGUUGUGCCUCAUAAUUGAAGACUUUGGCCUGAAAACAAAACAAAUAGUUGGUGCCGUGACUGAUGGAGGUGCCAACAUGGUUAAAGCUAUGAGGAUGCUGGUGGGCAAAGAUCAACACAUCGUCUGCAUAAAUCAUACAAUCCACAACAUUGUUAAGAGAUCUCUAAAAGAUUCAAAAGAGCUUUCGUCAACUUUUGAAAAACUGCACAAGUUAGUGACCUACUUCAAGCACAGCACGUUGGCUAUGGACAAACUUCGCAAUUCUCAAGAGGAAUGUGGAGUCCUCCCCAGCAACAUAACUUACCUAAAAAGGGCUAUCAAACCUCGCUGGAAUAGCGAGUACCUUUCGGCAAAAUCUUACCUUGACAUGGAAUGCUAUGUAAACAAAGCACUUGAGGAUGACGCCGAUCACGAAAACUUAAACGAGGAUGAAGUAACUCAUUUGCAAGACUACAUUGGCAUCACAGCUGUGAUGUAUGAGUUGACCUCGAUGUAUUCCGGUGAAAAAUACCCGACUGUCAACCUGGUUAUUCCAGGCCUUAAGUACGCCAUGUACAAAAUGGGUAAUUUUGCUGCUAAAACUCAAGAAGGAAAAGCCAUGAAAGAUAGUUUGAUUAAACAACUCCAGGCUCUGUUAAAUGAAUUGCAUUUGAGCAGAAUCCAUAUCAAAGCUACUCUUCUUGAUCCCCGAUAUAGGUCUGACCAUUUAGAUGUUUCAGCAAACGCUAAAGCUGUUGAAAUCGUGAACUCAUUGUUGAAGGAAGAAAGAUCAAAAUCGGAUGAUUCACUCGAUGCUUCUCUGAUGGAUGGGAGUAUUUUCCAGCCCUAUUUGGUGCAGCAGAUUAAGGAGAAAAUUGAAGCAUGGAGUACUUCUUAUGAUAGAGAGCUAAAACACUAUCUGAACUGUCCUACUGAAGAUUUUGAUGCAAAUCCAAUUCAAUAUUGGCAAAACAGGAUCGAAGGCUUUUCUCCAUUUCUAAGCAAAAUAGCUUUGAGGGCUCUAUUGAUUCCAGCCUCAUCAACAGCAUCAGAGCGAGCUGUCUCUGCUUUAAAUCUAAUUGCAGUAAAAAAAAGAGCGCGUUUGACGAAGAAAAAUGUUGACAUUCUCGUAUUUUUAAAAUGUCUUGACAAAAAACAUUGGAAAAUUAUCAGCCCGUAAAAUGUGGACUGAUUGUAAAUUCUAAAAUAUAUCCAGGCUAACUUUGGAGGACGAUUAUAAUUGAAAUUUUGUGAGUAAUUUUAAGGUGACACCUAAUUAAACUGAUAUAAAUUACUUAACAGAUGGUGAAACUCAAAGGCUUGGCUUGAGCUCAGGUGCUUUCCCUAUUUUUUCUUCAUAUCAAAAAAUAAAAAAACCACUUAUUAACAAGCACAAUCAAAGAAAAUAAAUUAAUUGUCAGCUUAAUAUUUGAAUGCAAAAAUCCUGUCAAAUCGAUCUCCAUAUUCGCCUGGAAUUGCUCCUUGAUUGGAAUUAAAAAUUGAUUACUCGUAACAAUUAUUAAGCUUGUAUUUAGGUCUACAUAGUAUGUAUUUUUAGGAUGUAAGUGGUAGAAAUAAAAAUGUAUCUGGUGUUUUUAAUAUUA